AUGAAUGACGGUACACUCGUCAUUCGUGGAGAGGAGGUUCCGUCGCGAAAUGGAGGCGGUGUUGGUUUUGUUGUGCACCCAUCUGUCGUCCAUCUCGUCGAUUCUCACGAGAUCCUGUCACCUCGUCUGGCCAUUCUUCGCCUCCGCCCUCUGCGCCAAAAAUCCAUCAGUAUCAUCAACUGCUAUUCACCAACAUCAGCAGCUGAUGAUUCCGAAUUGGACGCGUUUUACGAGGAGCUGGAGGAAGUAGUCCGCAACGAGAAGUCCUUUUACAAAUUCGUUGUCGGAGACUUCAACGCAAAACUAGGAAAGGCCACAGAAGAGAAAUACAGGAUUGGAAGAUUUGGACUAGGGGACCGGAAUGAAAAUGGCAAUCGUCUCGCCGGGCUGUUGUCCGCCGCUCGCCUCUUUCAGGAAACUCUCUUUUCAUGA